GUAAAAAUAAUAAUCACACAGAAACAGAAAUCUGUGUAGUUAUAUACAUCAACUUCCUUCUUUCCCUCUCCCUCUCUCUUUUUCUCUCUCCCUCUUUUUCAAUCUUUUCUGACUUUCACAAAAAUGUCUAAUUGCGACGAACCCAUGGAGGAGUACGCGGAGCCCGUCGAAGAAACUAAUGGUCAUUCGUUUUACAGAGUGAAACAACGGUUAAAAGAUCGAUCUAAGAAAGUGGCGCAAACGAAAGAGAUUUUGUCUAAGCAAGCGGUUCAGACCAAGGAGAUCCUGUCAAAACAGGCUGUGAAGAUCGCUAAACAAGCUGAAGAACAUGAAAAGUUCAUCAAUAAGGUGACGCAUCUUGUUGGGGUGCUUGGGUUUGGUGCCUUUUGCUUUCUGUUAGGAGCCAGACCUCAAGAUACUCGAUAUGUAUAUUGUUUGUUCUAUUUCAUCUUCGUUCCUCUUCGCUGGAUAUACUAUCGGUACAAGAAAUGGCAUUACUACCUCUUGGACUUCUGCUACUACGCCAAUACGAUCUUUUUGGUUGACCUUCUUCUAUAUCCAAGGAAUGAAAAGUUUUUCAUGGUUUGUUUCUCAUUUGCUGAGGGGCCAUUAGCAUGGGCACUGAUUGUUUGGCGUUGUAGCUUGGUUUUUAGUUCACUUGACAAAUUAGUCAGUGUCCUGAUACAUCUUUUACCUGGGUUGGUUUUCUUCACUAUUCGAUGGUGGGAUCCAGCAACAUUUGCAGCCAUGCAUCCUGAAGGAUCUUCUGCCAGAGCUUCUUGGCCUUAUGUAGAAAGCAAAACUUAUCUGUGGACAUGGUUGUUUGUGGUGCCCCUGGUCGCAUACUCCCUCUGGCAGCUUUUGUAUUUUCUCAUUGUCAACGUUUUACGCCGACAAAGGCUGUUAAGGGAUCCUGAAGUGAUGACUUCUUACAGAGAACUCUCGAAGAAGGCACAAAAGGCAAACAAUUUGUGGUGGCGCUUAAGCGGUUUGCUUGGGGAUCAAAAUCGAUUGUUUAUGUACAUUGUGCUCCAAGCCAUAUUUACUGUGGCUACCAUGGCACUCACAGUCCCUAUCUUCUUGUCGUAUGAAUUACAUGUAGGUUUCCAGAUCCUCAAGGUCUCUGCAUCUGUUUGGAAUGGAGGAAGCUUUUUACUUGAGGUAAUGCCUAGACAAGUGAUUCUCAAGGAGAAGAAGAAGAAAGCAGAAGUACAACCAACAGAAACACAGGUAGACCAAAUUUUAGAAGUGCAGCCAAUACAAACGCAGCUAGAUCAAUCCUUAAACCAUGACGCAGCUGCCAACAAUUCUGUUGAAAUUGUUGAGGCUUCCCAAACUUGACAGUCCAAACAGCUGUGUUUUAAUAUCCAUUUUAGUCAUUCGUUUUUGUUAUACAUGCUGUAUUCCUAGUGGUAGCUCGCUUGUAGAAAUUUACGUUUGUUUUACAGACCGAUAGGAAGGAUUGUUUUGUUUACAAAUUUAAAUUGUUUUUCUUUCUUCGGAGUACAGAACAUCAUCAGGACUCUUGAAUUGUACUCUUUUGUGGUAUCGUGCAAGACAAUCCUUUGUUUUUGUUUGUUGAA